AUGGACACUUAUAAUGAAACUAAGUACAAAGAAUUAAAAAAGAAAUAUGCCAUUCUCAUGAAAGUAAAUAUACUCUCUUAUUUAAAUAGCAAUAUUAAAUCAUAUAAUAAGAAUAUGAAAAAGUUAAUUGUGAAUUAUCAGAAUCUAUCCUAGAAAAAAGAAUUCUAUAAAAUCGAAUUAAUGAAAUAUUGGGAAAACAAAAUGAAGAGAGUUGA